AGGCUAGAUUCGUAAGACAUAAAUUUGUAUAUUUACUUUUCACUUAAAAGCAUUCAAGUAACAGUUCAUAUUUGCAAAAUUCAUUGCAGUGUAAAUUCAAGACAAUACCUGACACAAACUGCACACGUACAAUAAUAUAGAACAGCGUAAGAAUAAUGGCAACGUUCCUAAAUAUGGGUUCCGUGAAGCUAAGCAAAUGGCAGGUGGCGCUUAUACUGGGCGCGCCGUUAGCCAUCGGCCUGGGCAUGUAUGUGGUAAACAAGAGUAGCACACCAGAUAAGCCCGAUUUGAGAGACGGCAGCCACAGCAAUAAAUCAAGUAAAACGAAGGACAAAUCACAGCAGAAGGGCAAAUUGGAAAAGCAAACAAUAUCUAUAGAUGGCACAGCACCGGACAAGGAGCUGGAGCGCAAAAAGAAGAACGCCGAGCUGGGCGAGCAGCUGUCGCCGCUUAAGGAGGCGAACAACUACAAGAACGAAGGCAACAAUUGCUAUCGCAAUGGUAAAUACGAUGAGGCAAUAAAUUUCUACGACAAGGCCAUCGACAAGUGCCCCAGCGAGCAUCGCACGGACAUGGCCAUCUUCUAUCAAAAUCGCGCAGCCGCCUACGAGAUGCUCAAAAAAUGGAACAAGGUCAAAGAGGAUUGCUCGCGUUCGCUUGAGUGCAAUCCGCGCUAUGCCAAGGCCUACUACAGGCGUGCACGCGCUCAUGAGGCCACCAAGGACAUGACCGACUGCCUGGACGAUGUCACUGCUACCUGCAUACUGGAAAUGUUCCAAAACAACAACACCAUUAUGUUUGCAGAUCGUGUUCUUAAGGAAACGGGCCGCCUGGAUGCGGAGCGUGGCAUGCGCGAUCGCGUGCCUGUCGUGCCUUCAGCUAGCUUUGUGAAUACCUACUUGCGUUCAUUUAUUGCCGAUCCGCUGCAGACAAUGCAGGUGCCGCCCACGUCAGUGGUGGAUACGCCACCACGUGGCUUCUUACGCGCCAGACGUGCCUUUGAUGAGCAGCAGUAUGAUGAGAUCAUACCAGCCUGCACGGAGGAGAUUGAAUCCAGCGAAGCCGAGUCACAGUACAAAGUGGAGGCGCUGCUAAUGCGCGGCACCUUCCAUCUGCUCUGCGGCAGCUUUAACAACAGUCGCUGCGACUUUGAUGCUGUGCUGGACAAUGCUGAUGCGGAUGUUAGCCUUAGAGUCUACGCGUAUAUCAAGCGCGCUGCGCUGUUUAUACAAACGGAUGAGCGUGAAAAGGGCCUGGCUGACUUUGAUGCUGCCGAAAAGCUGCACCCUAACAAUGCGGAUGUUUUCCAUCAGCGUGCGCAGAUCUUGCUGCUUUUGGAGCAAAUCGAUGAGGCAUUGAGCGAGUUCGACAAGGCAGUGCGUCUGGCGCCGCAACAUGCUGUCGCCUAUGUACAAAAAUGUUAUGCGGAGUAUCGUUUAUCGCUAAUGAAGGGCGAUCAGCAGCGUUUGGAGCGUGUCAUUGGCGACUUUGAGCGUGCAAUUGAAAAGUUUCCGGAGUGCGUUGAGUGCUACAGUCUCAUGGCACAAGUGCUGGCCGAUCAGCAGCAAUUUGCGCAGGCGCAACAGUUCUACGAGAAGGCCAUGAAGAUGUCUCCAGCAAAUCCAGCACUGCUGGUGCAUCAGGCUAUCAUGGUGCUGCAAUGGCGUGGCGAUAUCGAUGCUGCUGUGACGCUGCUGAAUCGCGCCAUCGAGGUGGAUCCCAAGUGCGAGCUGGCGUAUGAAACUCUGGGCACAGUGGAGGUGCAACGCGCCCAGCUGCAACGUGCUGUCGAGCUAUUUGAGAAGGCGCUGCUCUAUGCCAAGAGUCAGGCAGAGCUGGUGCAUGUCUACUCGUUGCGCAAUGCGGCGUUGGCUCAAAUCAAUAUCACGCGCAAGCUGGGCAUUGAUAUGAAUUCCGUUUCAGCCAUGGCACAGUCGGGUUAUCUUAAUCAGACGGGCAUGUAACCACCACCACCACCACCAAAAGCGUUCGGCAUUUAAACAAACCUAAGCUCCACUACCCCAGUUCCAGCCCCUACGUUGAACAUUUCAAACUGUUUUAGUUAUUGUGCUUCUAGUUUUAGCUAAGUCAAGUGUGUUUACUGUAUUAUAAUUACAUUAUAAUGCUGUUAAUCUAAGUACCAAAAAAUAAUCAUAAA